AUGACGAUCCCAAAGACGGUAAAAGAAGUCCAACAACUAGCAGGGCGAAUAGCUGCCUUAUCUCGUUUCCUACCUGCAGUGGCAAACCGAUCUUAUCAUUUUUUCCAAAUAUUCUCCAAAGGCAAGAAAUUUGCAUGGACAGACAAAUAUGAGAACUCAUUUACUGAACUCAAACAGCUCUUAACAUCACCACCAAUCCUCCAAAGGCUUGAGACAGGUAAACCAUUGUACUUAUAUUUAUCAGUAUCUAACCAUGCUAUAAGCUCGGUUUUAGUAACAGAAACAAAAAGAAAGCAAAGCCCAGUAUACUUCAUCAGUAGGGUGCUACAACCAACAGAAACACGGUACCCGAGAAUAGAACGACUGGCGCUAGCACUAAUCACAACAGCAAGAAGACUGCGGCACUAUUUCCAGAGCCACACAAUCAUAGUACGAACGGACCAACCACUAAGGCAGAUACUAACCAGACCCGAGCUCGCCGGCAGAUUAAUAAAAUGGUCGGUCGAGCUCUCCGAGUUCGACAUUCAGUACGAAUCAAGAAAAACACUGAAGUCACAAGUGCUAGCCGACUUUAUAUCAGAGAUGACCAAUGACACACAUAAUACAGAAGUCAGUUGGAGCAUACAUGUGGAUGGAGCGUCCAACAAAGAAGGCAGUGGAGCGGGGAUACUACUCAAGGAAGGAAACAAAGUGGUGGCCGAGCAAUCACUGCAGUUCCGCUUCAACGCAAGCAACAAUCAGGCGGAAUACGAAGCCCUACUUGCUGGACUAAAGCUCGCCCUACAACUACAAAUACCCCGAAUAACAGCCUACUACGACUCUUCACUAGUGGUACAUCAAAUAAAGGGCGAAUUCCAGGUAAAAGAUCCUUUGUUAGAGAAAUAUUGGCUCAUAACAAAGGAUCUAAUUUCAAAAUUUAAAGAAUUUGAUAUUAUCCAUGUAAACCGAGAACAAAACACCAAGGCCGAUGUGUUAUCCAAGUUAGCCACAACUCGGCAAGCCGAAAACACAUCGGCACUAUCCCAGCUAACACUUGACAAACCAAGUUUUGAACAGGAUACAAUUUUGAGUAUCACACAGGUCCCAGAUUGGCGAACACCUUUUUUCGAAUACAUCAAUGCAGGCACCAUUCCAAAUGAUGAGCCAAACUUGCCGCUCUUCAGAAGAAAAGCAAGUUUCUAUACAGUGCUCGGAAACACCCUUACGAACAGGAUAUUAUUGGCCGACGAUGAAACGGGACUGCACCUCCAAAGUCAAGGCAUGUGA